CCCAGCAGGGUUGACGGUUCACUUUGCGCCGCUCAAUCGCGAAACGUUUGUCGUUCUAUUCAUUUCCCAUGUCAGCAACAGUUACAGUUCGGUUACUCUUGAAACGGCAACAUGACGGAGACACUCGGACGACCUCGUUGGUAAACACGCGUUCGACAUCGGACCGUUCAUAGUUUAAAAAAUAGAGUUCCCAGUCGCGAUAGAAUUCUAUCCUUCGUCCCGUUUCUCCCCUCCGGGUUUUUCUGAUUCAAAUUUCACCAAAAUGACUGUGUCAACGAUGUGGAUUAAAAACAACAUGCUGUUCUACGACCAAUACGAGAGACAACUUACCGAAGCAGAGAUGAAGGUACGAAGAUCACUGGAGAAGCUCUCGAUACCGGACUGGUACUUGAACAAACGUUCAAGCCCGCCGAAAAUCUUGAACAACAUUCCAAUCGGAUCUCGUGAGCCGUUUUGGAAGAAUGCCGACUGGAAGAAUUCCACGUUGAACUUGACGACAUCUACAAUAUCAGUUACAGACACCAUGCCAAGAGAGCAGCAAGCGGCAAAGGACACUCCAAACAAAGGCACGUACAAGGUCUCCCGCCAGCAGAAAUCCCCGGAGAAGCAGAAGUCUCCGCCGAAGGAGAGCAAACUGGAGGACACGCGGCUGCCGGAAGUGAAAUCGAAAAGGAACAUCAGCAAGACGUUCCCAAAAGUAUCCCCAUCUCGGAAGAUCCAGAACAUAAACAUCGUCUUAGUGCCGCGACGACCGCCGAUCAACCUGUCGCGCGACCUCGAGGACACCGACGAUUCCCCGUGCAAGUACAGCACGUUCAAGGUAAAGAAGCAAGAAAGACAACCAACCAACACCAUGGACAGCGAGCAACCGGAGUGCAAGAGCUGCGACUGCCACUCGACUCCGCAGAAGCCACCGCGGAGGAUCAAGAACGACAGCUCCUGGACGACAGACGCGAACAGCGUGCUGAAAACGCCGAACGCGAAGGGCAACUUCAAGGUGCGCGCGGCGUCCACGCCGAAGUUCCUGCCGGUGAACCUGUUCGCGUCGACGAUCAUCGAGGAGACGCCGAAGGCGAAGAAGGUGCCGUCGCAGCGGAUCCUGGAGAAGCUGUCGAUCUUCGAGGACACGCUGCGCUCGAGCGCCAGCGACCGGUCGUUCGGGAGCGCCGGCAAGCCGAAGAAGCUGUCGCAGAGCAUGAGCGAGAAGGCCUCCGUCUUCGAGAGCAGCUGGCGAGAGGAGCCGUCCACCAGCUUGAAAGAGGCGAAAGCGAGGAGCUUCCAGAACACCUUCUUGGAGAGGAACAUCCGGUCCGUCGACCCGAUCAUGUUCGAGACGGACACGCCGGCCAGGUCGUCCUUCGUCCGCGAGAUCGUCAAGAGGGUGGAGGCGCCUAACGCUUGCGAGAGGAACUCGGAGUUUAGACGAGCUCGCGAUGAUCAGAGGGUUAAUAUGAACAGCAUGUUGGGUUCGCAGAGCGUUAAUAAGAAUCCACUGAACCAGGCGAGUCCUCUGGGUCGAGAGAAGGGCAACGCGGAGUCGCCUUGUACCAGGUUCCUGAAUUCCAGGAGGAAGUCUAUCGAAUUGGAGAACGUGGUGAGGAGCAAGCAGCCCGCUCGCGAGAGGAACGUGGUGAGGAGCAUCAUCGAGACUCUGGCCGAGAAGGUGAGCAAGUCCUCGCUGCCGCGGCGCAGCGAGGUCGCCAGGGUCAACCAGAAUUUCGUGAAGACCGUGGUGAGCACGCUGGAGAAGGGCAAGAAGAGCCGCAGGAACGAGGAGGAGGUGACCAGCUGCAGCGAGUCGGAGGCGAAGUCGUGCACCACGUCGGUCUCGCCGAAGGACACCGACAGCAGCGACACGGAGCAGAGGUCGCCGAGGGGCAGCGACGACAGCAACAGGACCUUCGAUUACGACACCCUCGCGAGCAGCAAGGUGUCGGAGAGGUCCAGGCAGGACGAGGACUCCGUGUACUGGAUACCAGUGUCCAGGUGCAAGCUGCCCAGGACCAGCUCCCUGAUCAGCAUGAUGUCGAAGCUGUCCGGCAACGGACAGUCGCCCUCCGUCAGCCCCAUCAGGAGCGACAACGAGAUCGACAACUCGCGGGUGCACUGGGGCGCCACGUUCAAGAAGACCAAUGGCUUGGCCAAGAAGCUCUUCAGGAUCGACGAGACCACGGUGGUUGAUUCUGGGUAUUCUGACAAGUCGGACAGGUCGGUCGUUGGCUGCUCCAUGACGGAGAACACUCUGUCGGAGGACACGCAGACCGAGUCUGGCUCUGAGACUACUAUUGUCAAGGUGAGGAGGUCACUGAGGCGCAGGUCCAUCCUGGGCGCUACGUUCCGGAUUCAAUGCUGAUGGAGGGUUAGGUGGAUUUGGAGAUCUGGCAACUUGUGGAGGUCUUGAGUGCUUGGGGAUCGGUCCUUGGAUUGUCUGGAGUGCUUGAGGAUCAAUUCUUGAGAUUGUCUUGAGUGCUUGAGGAUCAAUCCUUGUUGAUGUCUUGAGUGCUUGAGGAUCAAUCCUUGUUGAUGUCUUGAGUGCCUGAAGAUCAAUCCUUGUUGAUGUCUUGAGUGCCUGAAGAUCAAUCCUUGUUGAUGUCUUGAGUGCCUGAAGAUCAAUCCUUGUUGAUGUCUUGAGUGCUUGAGAAUCAAUCCUUGAGAUUGUCCUUGAGUGCUUCAGGAUCAGUCCUUGAAAUUGUCCUUGAGGCGCAGAUCCAUCUUGACGCCACGGAUUCAGUGCUGAUGGAGGUUCUAGGUAGGUUUGAUAAGGAUUUGGCAACUUAUGGAGGUCUUGAGUGCUUGAGGAUGAAUCCUCAUCAAUAUUGCGCUAGUUUGACACUAGGUUUACGUAAAUUUGGACAUGGGUUUGAUAAACAUUUCAUAAAUGUUCUAAGAUUGAUUGAUAGUUGUCUACUUCGAAAUCUACAGUUUAGAAUAUUUAGAUCGUCAAUUAUUUGCGGAGAUAAUAGAUUAAAGUAUACAAUAGCUGCCCGUAAACCUAGUUUUAACGUAGUAACGUAUUAAAGCUUGAAGAUCUUGAAACGACUGAUAGGCGUCGCAGUAUUUGAGCUUAAACGACUUCCUUGUUUCGGUAGCAUUAAGAGAUUUCGUAGGUGCAAUUUGUUAUGCCAAGCGUUCAAGUGCUCUUGAAUAGGCAGCGAGAAACCAUUGCAGUAUUCGUAGGAUAGUAGAAAUUCGUGUUAAUCUAAGCUACUAGAUUAUUCGGUUGGCAGGUUAGCGUAAGUUUUAUCGAUUAUACCACACUGUUGAAACAUUUGCGACAGAAAUAAAAAAAAAUAUAUAUAUAUACAAGGAGAUCACGUACAUUCCGAUACUCAUUGAUCCUCGCAAAUUGUCUCGUCCGAAGAAGCUUUCACUUUUCGUUCGAAUAGAGGAGACAGUAUUCGAUGCAGACAAUUUCCCUUUCCAGUUGGCGCAACACUUCCGUCUCGGAGAUUGUCGGUUUUAUCGUUAAAUGUAAUCGUGUACAUAAUACCCCGUAUUUCCACGAAAAUACGUAGAUCCUUUCGCGCCAGAUUCCAGCCACGGAGAGAGCGCAGUAAGAACAUCGUCGAAUUUUCCAAUUCAAUUCCGUGGCGAGCAAUUCCGAAAUCUGGAUUUUACCAUUGACUUAUUUGCCUAGCAGUAGAUAAUGUGACGCAAAACGAGACAAAGUUUUGCGCUAGUCGUUCACUUAGGUAUGCCUCAACGUUCAGUUCACUCGAAGUUUCGAAUCAGUGUGCAAUCUGCGGAGAUGAUCGUUACAUAUGCCGAAGAAUCGUGCCAUUUGUGAUAUGUAAUUGUAAUUCAGCACGAGGAGAGAGAAUUCAUACCUAAUCUUAUGUAAUUACUUGAACGAAUAAAUCAGUAUUUUCGAUAAA